UUGGGUUUCUUGGGGAUAAAUUGCCUUGUAUCCAUACAAAAGUUUUGUUUUUAAUCAUCUGCCAUCUGGCCCUGCAUUAGUUAACCCACUUUAGAAGCAAGUUCACUGACGCUCAGGAUGAAUUUUCCCACAAUUAAAGUAGGAGUGGAAGCUGUGACAGAUAUGGUGGUUUCCUGCCAUAUCCUUGGGAGACCUUAUUGAUUUAAAUGUAUGUAUAAUUGGGAGCCAGGGGUUGUAUGUAAUUCCAUGGGGGAAGGUGACCCACAACUCCUCCAGGAACUAAGAUGAGAGAGAAACUGAGGGGCAGGGGGAACAGCAGGCUGUGAUUAGGCAAAUUCUGUCAGGUUGUACCACCUCCAGGGAAGUGCCAGCAUCUGGAGAAGCUCAGGUAAAGGGUUGGGACCUCCUGUCCAAAGUGGCCCCAAUCUUUCCUGGGAAAGGUCAGGAGGACUUUGGCCAGCUGAGACUACAUAAGACUGAUUGAUGACCUCAGGAUGUCUUACUGAUGGAAUCUGAAGAAGCCAAUGGGGGAGACCCCUUUCCCCCAGCAACCAGCAGCCCUAGUGAGGAAAACCCUGAUCCUACACCAGCCAGAAGGGGACAUGAUGCCACCACUGAGUCUGUAGAGAUGAGCACUGAGCUGCCUGGCUCUGCAGAAGGAGCACAGAUCUCCAUUGCCCAGGAUCCUCUGAGGCAUCUCUCUGCUGGGGAAUCAGCAGAGAUGUGUGGCAGAUCCUCUAACCCUGUUCUGUCAGAACUGGAACAAAGGGAGAGAGAUCUAAGGCACCAGAGAGGACUCUCAGAGUGGGAGAAAGAGCCUGCAGUACAAGAGAGAUCUUUGGAAAAACAGAGAUGGGAUCACUCCUCGAACUCUGAACAGGGAAAAUUAGCUCAUCCUGAAAGCAGUCAGUAUUCUUCCUUUCCCAACACAGUCCCACAGGCAACAGCCACUCAUGACAAAACCCCACAGGUACAGUCUCCAGUCCUUCAGAUUGAAUUUCCUCAGGAUCAGAAACAGUCCCUGGCAUGUCAUAUUGCUGUCCCCCAGGCACAGCAUAAGGAAACCUCAAUGACAGACACUAUUCCCAUCCAGGGGGAACUAGCCACUAAACACUUCAUGGUGUGUAAAGACAUUUCAGAGGUUCAUUGCAAGACUGAGACUUUGCAUGAUGACACUAUUGGAGAUCCCCCCUUGCAGGGAUUGGAUGUAGCAAAUGGGACCAUCAGAGAGCUCCCGCCAAGUACUGAAGCAGUGGCAGGGACGGACGAGGAGCCAUCUCCUGGGAUGGAUGUAAUAGGCAGGAUGAAUCCCAUGCCUUCUGUAGAUAAUGGUGAAAAAGUGGGAGGCUUACAGGGAGCGGGAGAGGAUACAGACUCUUCCUCUUCACAUCACCCACCCUAUCCCUUAUCAGAUGACAGCCAAGGAAAUUCACAGCUGACAGGAGGAAAUGCAGAUGGAAAGAUGGUCCUGUCAUCCCAUGAGAGGGGAAACAAUGCCUUGGCCACAGACCAGAAAACAGAAGUGGCUGCUUGGCAAAGUCCAUCUGGUUCUAUAAACCUCCUUCCGGAGGAGGAGAAAGGAGCAGAUGAUGGAAGAGCAGAAGGCAGCACUGAAUGUCCAAGAGUGUGUGUCUUCCACAUACUGAAUGCUGCAAAAAACACAGAGCAGGAGGAGUGGCAGCGUGAGCAGCUAGAAUGCGGGGAGGAGCCAGAAGAGGAGGAGCAGUCAGAAGAGAAGCAGCCAGAGCUGGAACAGGAGGAGCCAGAAUGGGAGAAGCUAGAGAAGGAAGCGAAACCAGUGCACGAGGAGCAAGUAUGGGACAGGGAAGAUCAGAAGGAAAAGAGGUGGGAUGAGCUGGAACAAGAGCCAGGGAGGGAAGAGGCGGAGCAGGAGGCUCCACCACCAGCACUCAAUCCAGCAUCACCUUCUCUCUCCAAGCAAAACUGGGACCUCCAUGAUGAGGGGGAGAGCAUUUCCUCGGCUGAGGGAACAGGGCUGGCCUCUCUGCCCCAGGAAUCAUUCUCCAAAGAUCAGCAUUCUGGUGAGGAUGAACUCUUCAGCAUAGUGUUGAAGGCCUGCAUUGGAGGAGCAAAUGAAAGAGCUCAGCCACCUGCUGUGAUAAAGUCUGAAAGUCAGAAGCCAGCGGGUGGGAGUUCCAUGAUGCACUCCCCCACUUGCCACAUCUCUGAGCACUGGGGAGACAUGGGGGUUUCUGACCCUUUCAGCUCCAUUUCUUUCAGUGGCCAAGAUUGUGAAGAAACCUGUCAGGAUAACAGAGCCAGUAAUGGUGAGGAUGGCCAUAGUGAUGGAGAUGGAAGGACAGUCCAGAGCUUUGAUGACAGAGGAGCCAUAUCUCCAUUAUGCAGAGAAGUAACCUCAUCUGGUGCAGGGAACCCAGACUCUUCUGGGACUCUGGACCCUUCUUCUGGUGCCAGGAACUUGGGAUCUUUUGGUCCCGCAGAUCCUCAUCCUGUUGCAGAAAACCCAGCAUUUCCCAGCCAUUACGAUUUCACUCCAGCCUCACCAUCAGAGUUCAACUCGGCAGCAUCAGCAGCUGGCCAAUCUCAGGAGGAUGCUGAUGAAAGAUCGCAAAUGAGCCCUGUGGGAUGUACUGACCAGGACAAAGCACCAGUCUCUGUACAGGACACAUCCAGACAGACUUCUUACCUGCAGGAGGCAGCUUCUAGUGAAGGAGCCUCAGUGACCACCAGCACAGAGAGUGUCCAGACUCCUCAUGGGCUGCUUACACCUGAGAAGGGCCUUAAUGAAGACCCUAGUGCCCCACCUUCCAUCUCCAAGGCUUUCAGAAGUCCCCCUUCAAGGCAGAGCCUGCCAACAGACAAAGAUGAAGUAGAAUCUACUCCUGCAGCUCCAGCUACAAUGCACCUGGAGUCAUCCCAAGCACCAAACAUGGCUCUCGCUCCUGCAAAUUACCUGGAGAAAGUCCAGAGGCACCAAAAGCCCCCAACGAGAAGUUUUGUUUUCCAGGGAAAGGAAAUGGAAGCAAACAUGGUUCACACAGCACAACAAAACCCUUUACUUGAUGAGUCACAUUUGAGCUUAGAGGUGGAAGUGCCAGGAACAGGAAGUGCCCUUAACGCUGUACCGCAGCCCCCAGAAGAAGCUGUAGUCCUGGCCCUGGAGCAGCACACACAGCCUACUCCUCCUGAGCCUGACUCCAGCUCGCCCCUGGCUCCUGCACCUGAUGCCAACCAGCUCACCUACCCUCUGGCACCUGCGCCCGACUCACCCCUGGCUCCUGUGCCUGACGCUGACCAGCUCACCCACCGUCCAGCGCCUGCACUUGGCUCACCUCUGGCCACCGUGCCUGACGCCAAGCAGCUCACCCACCCUCUGGCUCCUGUGCCCUGCUCACCCCUAGCCCCUGCACCUGAUGCCGACCAGCUCACCCACCCUCCAGCGCCUGCGCCCGAUUCACCCCUGGCCACCGUGCCUGACGCUGACCAGCUCACCCACCCUCCGGCGCCUGCACUUGGCUCACCUCUGGCCACUGUGCCUGACACCGAGCAGCUCACCCACCCUCCGGCUCCUGUGCCCAGCUCACCCCUAGCCCCUGCACCUGAUGCCGACCAGCUCACCCACCCUCCGGCUCCUGCGCCCAGCUCACCUCUGGCCCCUGAUGCCACCCAGCUUGCCCACCAUCCAGGGCUUGCGCUCGGCUCACCUCUGGCCCCCAUGCCUGACGCCAACCAACUCACCCACCCUCCAGCUGCUGUGCCCAGCUCGCCCCUGGCUCCUGUGUCUGAUGCCGACCAGUUCACUCACACUCUGGUUCCUGCACCCAGCUCGCCACCAGCCCCUGAUGCCACCCAGGUCGCCCACCCUCUGGCUCCUGUGCCCAGCUUACCCCAGGCUCUUGUGCCUGAUACCGACCAGCUCACCCACCCUCCAGCUCCUGCACCCAGCUCGCCCCCAGUCCCUGUGUAUGAUACCACCCAGCUCAUCCACCCACUGGCUCCUGUGCCCAGCUUGCUCUUGGCACCUGUGCCUGACGCCGACCAACUCGCCCACUCUCCAUCUCCUGUGCCCGGCUUGCCCCCAGCCCUUGUGCCUGAUGCCACCCAGCUUGCCCACUCUUUAGUACCUUUGCCCAGCUUGCCCCUGUCUCCUGCGCCUGAUGCCACCCAGCUCGCCCACCCUCUGGCUCCUGAACCUGAUGCCGACCAGCUCGCCCGCCAUCUGGCUCCUGCACCCAGCUCACCCGUGACUCCUGCACCUGAUGCCGACCAGCUCACCCGCCAUCUGGCUCCUGCACCCAGCUCCCUCGUGACUCCUGCACCUGAUGCCAAUCAGCUUGCCCACCCUCUGGCUCCUGGCUCACUCCUGGUUCCUGUGCCUGAUGCCACCCAGCCUCCAGCUUCUGCACCUGGCUCACCCUUGGCUCCUUUGGCUGAUGCCACCCAGCUCACCCACCCACCGGCUCCUGUGCCUGGCUCGCCCAGCUCGCCCCUGGCUCUUCUGGCUGAUGCCUACCAGCUUCUCCAGUCUCAGUCCCUUGUGCCUGACUCCAACCAGCCUCCAGCCCCUGCACCUGAUAUUGACCAGCCUCUGCCUCCUGUAUCUAACUCCAAUCCACCUCUAAACUAUGUAUCAGAUUCUAGUCAGUUACUGGCCACUGCCCCCAAUUCCAGCUGCCCUGCCCAGGCUCCAGCCUCUGUGCCUGAUGCCGACAGCCUUGCUCAUGCUCUGGUCCCUGCCCCUGCUGUGGCAGAUGGAGAAGAGAACCCCCUCCUAAUGCAGAUGACCCACGAGGGAGUGUCUGAUGCCCAGUGGGAUCCUGUCACCUCACUUACACUGGAUGUGGUGGACACCAGUGACUUAGGGGUCACUUCAUUGGCCGAGAGCUCAGAUUUUCCCACUUUGGAGAAUGAGGCACCCAUGGGCCACUCUGACAGAAGCCCUGAAGCAAUGGGUCAGCACCUGGCUACACACUGUGGAAAGUCCGCACCUGAUUACACCUCCAGGCCCUCCUUGGGAGGGUGGGGAACAUCCACAGACUCUCAGAGUAGAAAUUCACCACAGCCACCCCCACUACUAGCUUUCUCCAACCCAAUCCACUUCCUGCAGUUCAGCCCUCCAUCGCCACCAGCCAUCAGAACACUGUACCGACAGGACGCAGUCUUCGAGGAGCCCCAGUGGGACCAGGCACAGGCAGGCCCCACCAGCGUGGAUACGAGGAACAGAACAGCCCCUGCAGUGAUAAUAGAGAAAACAGAGGGCGCUAGGACAUGCAAGCAAAAGAUGGAAGGGCAGGGAGAACCACUUCAGCUUGUGGCCCAAGUGAAAGAGGAGUUGGCCAGACAUGCACCCUUGGAGAAGUCAUCAAGUUGGCCAGAUAAAAAAGUCAUCAGGGUGGACAUGAAGGAGUGGGGACUCAAUUCAGGGAGUCAGGAGAACGUGAUCAAACGCCGAGCAAAAAGCAGAGAUUGGCAUCGGCAGGGCCUGAGGAAGAUGUCAGUACUGCCAGACAACUUACAAGAGGAGGGAGCACACAAGGACCAGCCAACCAGCUUAGACACAGUUAUACUUCGGGAGAAGAAAUCUGCAGCCACACUGGAUAAUUUCAAGCGCCGACACUCCAAACUGAUCAACUCCUCAGGGUUAUUGUAUCAGGAAUACAGCGACGUGGCUCUGAACAAGGCAAUCCAAAGCCAGAAGAGAGCAGAUUCUUUGGCAGAGGACUCUGAACUAAGCUCUCCAAGCUCCCCAAGGUUACGGAGGAAAGUGCUGUCUCAGCAGGACUCGUAUCUUCAGCGUCUGUCAAUCUCGUCCAACGCGUCCCUCUGGCAGGACAUCCCCAUGAUCCGAGGAAGCAGAAUGCUGCUGAACAUGUCCCGAGAUGAUCAGAAACUGCAGGAGGCCAAGUUCGAGUUGAUCAUGUCAGAGGCCUCGUACUUGCGCAGUUUAAAUGUGGCAGUGGAUCACUUCCAGUGCUCAUCAGAACUCCAGACACUCCUCACCAAUCAGGAGCGCAAGUGGCUUUUCUCCCGCCUGCAGGAAGUGCGUGAUGUCAGUGCCAGUUUCCUCUUCGAGCUGGAGGAGAAGUUUGAGGAGAACAUGUUCAACUUCAACGUGUGUGAUGUGGCUCUGAGACAUGCCCCUGAAUUCCGCAAGGUGUAUCUACCAUACGUGACAAAUCAGACCUACCAGGAGCAGAUUUUCCAGAAGCUAGUGACUGGGAAUGCAAGGUUCCAGCAAGUCCUGGAGAAACUGGAAAGUGCCACGGUGUGCCAGCGCCUCUCGCUCAAAUCCUUCCUCAUUCUCCCCUUCCAACGCAUCACCCGACUCAAACUCCUCCUACAGAAUAUAUUGAAGAGAACCCCGCCUGAGUCGGAUGAAGAAGUGCAGGCCACACAGGCUUAUGAUGCACUGGAGAAGCUCAUAAAGGACUGCAACGAAAACGUCCAGCGCAUGAAGAGCACUGAGGAGCUGAUCUACCUAAGACAAAAGAUUGAUUUUGAGUGCAAGAUAUUCCCACUGGUCUCACAGUCAAGGCGGCUUGUGAAGUGUGGUGAGCUGAUGGCGUUGCACAACACUCUGAGCACCAAGGGGAAACCUACCACCCGCCCCAUCUACCUGCACCUCUUCAAUGACUGCCUGCUCCUGUCCCGGCCCAGGGAGGGUGGGCGCUUUGUCGUGUUUGAUCAUGCUGCAUUUUCAGAUGUACGUGGGGAGAAGUGUGAGAUGAAGCUGCAUGGGCCAAACAAAAAUGUUUUCCGUCUUUUUCUCCUUAAGAACAACCAGGGGAAAAGAGUGGAAUUCCUCUUUCGCACAGAGACACACAGUGAGAAGCUGCGAUGGAUCUCCGCUCUGGCGCCACCACGAGGAGAACCAGAUCUCUUAGAAAGCCCUGACUCACCUCAGGUUCAGUGCAUACGGACAUACAAAGCUCGGGAGAAUGACGAGCUGGCUCUGGAGAAAGCAGAUAUCCUCAUGGUCAUGCAGAACAGCAACGACGGCUGGAUGGAAGGAGUGAAACUCUCAGAUGGAGAGAGAGGCUGGUUUCCCUCAGAGCAUGUGGAAGUGAUCUCCAGCAAACACGCACGCCAGAUGAACCUAAAGGAGGAACAGCGUGUGAAGAAUGCCAAACAGCAGGUCUUCUGCAAGAAAUAGGAUUCUCCACUUCCUGUUGCACCCUGUACAGUCUCUCUCUGGUUUGGAGAAACCUGACUUAAGAAACCCUCUCUCUACCACAUUCUGGAAGAAACAACUCUGCAGAAAUAAAAAAUGAGCACUUAGUACUGUCAGACAAAGUGCUACUUCUAAAGAAAGCAGGGAAUUCAGCCAGGAGUAAAUAUAUUCACUUCUACUUCCUCUGUAGUCAUGGUGAGACCAAGGAAGGAAAAGAAGCUGCAUAUAUUGCUUUCUUUUAUAGUAGUAGGGAGGGAACAUAAGAGAGCAGAGGACUGGGACUCAGGACUCUUGGAAAUCUGUGCCUGAUUUUGCCACUGACAAGAUGUGUGACCUUGGGCAAGUCACUUCAGAACUCUGCCUCAGUUUCUCCAUCUGUAAAACGGGGAUAACACUUACCUACCUCACGGGAUGUUGUGAGGCUAAAUUCAUUCAUAUUUGUAAAGCGCUUUGAGUUCCUGAGAAGAAAGGCACUAUCGACAUGUAAAGCACACUGUAGUUAAGGUCGAGAAGAGCUUUUCAUUUCAACCUCUUCUUAGGGUUCUUUAAGUGAUUUUAAUUUCCACAUAUUUUCAUUUAAGAUAAUAUAUUAUGGGCCAAAUUUUCUGUUGAUGUAAGUGGGUACAAUUCCAUUGACUUCAACGGCAUUCCGCACUUUUAUACUAGCUCAGUUUAACCCAGUCUCAGCAAAAGAUAAGUUUUAGAUAAUGUGAGAAAAAUCCAUUAGCUAGGUGAGCAUGGGGAAAAGAAAUUUUUCCCUCUAAAGUGUUUUUCAGACCUUCUUUUGGAAAAAAUUUCAAAAACAAUUAGUGAUUUUUGGGCGCUCAACCUGAGAUACUUUGAAGGAGCCUGAUUUUCAGGAAGUUCUGGGCACCUGCCUUUGGAAAACAGUGUCCCUUAAUCACUAGUCACUUUUGAAACUCUUGACCAAGGUUAUGUUUUACACGUUGGAAUACACUCUGUACUUAAAUUUAGUUGUUCUUGAAUGGCAGGAAAGUGGAACUGCACUGCAUAUGCCUAAUCUAUUAUAGCAGAUGUGAUGCAACACGCAAUGUUUUGCACAAUUAUAAAACAUAAGGAAAUCUAUAAACUAUAGAUAUUUUUAAACAAAACAUGUAACUGCAAUUUGUUAUGGUUCUAUUUCUGUGCAAAGUCAUCAGGUUCUAAAUGCAGCUGGAGAACACUGCUUCAAACUGUAAAAUAUUUUUUCUUCUGUAUUAAACAAAGGAGGGUUUUUGCAUGUAAUUAUGCUAAAACAACAUCAAGGUUGAGAAUUUAAACACGGCAAAGUAUGAAAGCAACACGUAACCUUCUUGCUUCUAAUGUAUUUGAAGAAUUAUUGACCUUUGUAUCUCUGGAUCUUUGUAAUAUCCUUUUGAUUUCCUUGGCAUAGUUUGUU